AUGGCCGUCACGGCGCUGCCGCCCGCGUCGGCGCGCAUGGCGAGCGUCGCCGACCAAGGCCUCGUCUGCCUCGAGCUCGAGGACGGCUCGGCCUACCAAGGCUACAGCUUCGGCGCGCAAAAGAGCAUCGCCGGGGAGCUGGUCUUCCAGACGGGCCUGGUCGGCUACCCGGAGUCGCUGACGGACCCCUCGUACUCGGGCCAGAUCCUCGUCAUCACCUUCCCCCUCGUCGGCAACUACGGCGUCCCCUCGCGCGACGCCCUCGACGACCUCUGCCGCGACCUGCCCGCCCACUUCGAGUCGUCCCGCAUCCACGUCGCCGGCCUCGUCGUCGCCUCGUAUUGCGGCGACGACUUUUCCCACUUCCUCGCCCACUCCUCCCUCGGCGCCUGGCUCAAGGAGCAGGGCGUCCCCGCCGUCUAUGGCAUCGACACCAGAGCCCUGACCAAGAAGAUCCGCAAGCAGGGCAGCAUGCUUGGCAGAAUGAGGCUCCGCAACGACUCGCCGCCCACCACCGCCGUCAAGGCCCUCGGUCGCGGCCCCAAUGCCCUGGCCAGCACCCCCGUCGACCACUUUGCCGAGAUACCUUGGACAAACCCCAACGAGCAGAAUCUCGUGGCCUCCGUUUCGGUCAAGACCCCCAUGCUGUACAAGCCGCCCCCCUCCGUCACUGCCCGCAGACACCCCUCCGGCCGAAGUAUCCGCAUCCUCUGCGUCGAUGUCGGCAUGAAGUACAACCAGCUGCGAUGCUUCCUCCGGCGCGGCGUCGAGGUCCUAGUCUGCCCCUGGGACCACGAUCUCGCAAAGGAGGCCGGCGAUCAGUACGACGGCCUCUUCAUCUCCAACGGCCCCGGCGACCCCGCCGUCCUCGACGUCACCAUCAACAACAUCCGCGCUGCCAUGGACAAGAACAAGACCCCCGUCUUCGGUAUCUGCCUGGGCCACCAGCUGCUGGCCAGAGCCUCUGGCGCAAAGACAACAAAGAUGAAGUUUGGCAACCGAGGCCACAACAUUCCCUGCACCAGCAUGGUCACUGGAAAGUGCCACAUCACCUCGCAGAACCACGGAUACGCUGUCAAUGCCAGCUCCCUGCCUGCGGGCUGGACGGAGCUCUUUGUCAACGCCAACGAUGGUAGCAACGAGGGCAUUAUGCACGUCGACCGGCCCUACUUUAGCGUCCAGUUCCACCCCGAGAGCACCCCCGGCCCACGAGACACCGAGUUUCUCUUUGACGUCUUCAUCGACACCGUUGCCGGCUGCGCCGAGAAGCCUGCUCUGCUCCAGCAGCCCGUCAGCUUCCCCGGCGGCACCGUCGAGGAGAACGAGAGGUUCCACCCGCGGGUGUCGGUCAAGAAGGUCCUGGUGCUCGGCAGCGGUGGUCUCAGCAUCGGGCAGGCCGGCGAGUUUGACUACUCCGGCAGCCAGGCCAUCAAGGCCCUCAAGGAGGAGGGCAUCUACACCGUUCUCAUCAACCCCAACAUUGCCACCAUCCAGACGUCCAAGGGCCUGGCGGACAAAGUCUACUUCCUCCCUGUCAACGCCGAAUUCGUCCGCAAGGUCAUCCACUAUGAGCGCCCCGAUGCCAUCUACGUUACAUUUGGUGGCCAGACUGCCCUGCAGGUCGGCAUCGAGCUCAAGGACGAGUUUGAGGGUCUCGGCGUCAAGGUCCUGGGAACCCCCAUCGACACCAUCAUCACCACCGAGGACCGUGAGCUGUUUGCGCGGAGCAUGGAAUCCAUCGGCGAAAAGUGCGCCAAGUCUGCAUCUGCCAACAGUGUCGACGAGGCCAUGCAGGCAGUCAAAGACAUUGGCUUCCCCGUCAUCGUGCGUGCCGCCUACGCCCUGGGCGGCCUGGGGAGCGGCUUCGCCAACAAUGAAAAGGAGCUGCUCGAUCUCUGCGACAAGGCCUUUGCGGCGAGCCCGCAGGUCCUGAUUGAGCGCAGCAUGAAGGGCUGGAAGGAGAUUGAGUACGAGGUCGUCCGCGACGCGCAGGACAACUGCAUCACCGUCUGCAACAUGGAAAACUUUGACCCGCUCGGCAUCCACACGGGCGACUCCAUCGUCGUCGCGCCCUCGCAAACGCUGUCCGACGAGGAUUACAACAUGCUGCGGACCACGGCCGUCAGUGUCAUUCGGCAUCUCGGCGUCGUGGGCGAGUGCAACAUCCAAUAUGCUCUCAACCCCUUCUCCAGAGAGUAUUGCAUCAUCGAGGUCAACGCCCGUUUGUCGAGAUCGUCGGCCCUGGCUUCCAAGGCCACCGGCUAUCCGCUGGCGUUCAUAGCCGCCAAGCUUGGCCUCGGGAUCCCUCUCAAGGAGGUCUCUAACUCGGUGACAAAGGUCACUUGCGCGUGCUUUGAGCCCUCGCUCGAUUACGUCGUGGUCAAGAUGCCUCGCUGGGAUCUUAACAAGUUCACGCGGGUUUCGACGCAGCUUGGCUCCUCCAUGAAGAGCGUCGGCGAGGUCAUGAGCAUCGGCCGGUCGUUUGAGGAAGCGAUCCAAAAGGCCAUCCGCGCCAUCGACUUCCACAACCUCGGCUUCGGGCAGACCAAAGCUUUGAUGAGCAUCGACGACGAGCUUCAGACGCCCUCGGACCAGCGUCUCUUCGCCAUUGCCAACGCCAUGCACGAGGGCUACUCGGUCGACAAGAUCUGGGAAAUGACCAAGAUCGACAAGUGGUUCUUGCGCAAGCUCCAGAGCCUCAGCGACUUUGCCAAGGACAUGGCCAGGUACACCACUCGGGACAUUGCCAAAUCACCCGAGGUCAUGUUGCAGGCCAAGAGGCUCGGCUUCUGCGACCGGCAGCUGGCCAAGUUUUGGGACUCGAAUGAAAUCGCCGUCCGAAGGCUGAGGUUGGAGGCCGGCAUCAAGCCGUUUGUGAAGCAGAUUGACACGGUCGCCGCCGAGUUUCCCGCGUUUACAAACUAUCUCUACCUGACUUACAACGCCAACGAGCACGACGUCGACUUCAACGAUCACGGCAUCAUGGUGCUCGGGUCCGGCGUCUAUCGCAUCGGCUCCUCGGUCGAGUUCGACUGGUGCUCGGUCCGCGCCAUCCGAACACUUCGCAAGACGGGCUUCAAGACCGUCAUGGUUAACUACAAUCCGGAGACGGUAAGCACAGAUUACGACGAGGCCGACAAGCUCUACUUUGAAAACAUCAACCUCGAGACGGUGCUGGACAUUUACCAGCUGGAGAGUGCCGGCGGCGUCCUGGGCGCAAUGGGCGGGCAGACGCCCAACAACAUUGCGCUGCCCCUGCACCGCGCCGGCGUCAAGAUCUUGGGCACGUCGCCCGAGAUGAUCGACAUGGCCGAGAAUCGGUACAAGUUCUCGCGCAUGCUAGACCGCAUCGAGGUCGACCAGCCGACCUGGAAGGAACUCACCAGCUUCGACGAGGCCCGGGACUUUUGCAAGACGGUCGGCUACCCGGUGCUCGUCCGACCGUCGUACGUGCUGUCCGGCGCCGCCAUGAACACGGUCUACUCGGAGAAGGACUUGGUCAACUACCUGGCCCAGGCCGCCGACGUCUCGCGUGAGCACCCCGUCGUCAUCUCCAAGUACAUUGAGAACGCCAAGGAGAUUGAGAUGGACGCCGUCGCCAAGGACGGUAUCGUCGUGGGCCACUUUGUCUCGGAGCACGUGGAAAACGCCGGCGUCCACUCGGGCGACGCGACCCUCAUCCUGCCUCCCCAGGACCUGGAGGCGACCACCAUCGCGCGCAUCGAGGAAGCCACGCGCAAGAUUGGUGCGGCCCUCAACGUCACGGGCCCCUUUAACAUCCAGUUCAUUGCCAAAGAUAACGACAUUAAGGUGAUUGAGUGCAACGUCCGCGCCUCCCGCUCGUUCCCCUUUGUGUCCAAGGUCAUGGGCGUGGACCUGAUUGAGAUGGCCACAAAGGCCAUCACGGGCCAGCCCUUUGUCGAAUACCCCACGCCGACCCUCAGCCCCGACUGCGUGGGCGUCAAGGUGCCGCAGUUUAGCUUCUCGCGUCUCUCCGGGGCCGACCCCGUGUUGGGCGUGGAGAUGGCGUCGACGGGCGAGGUGGCCUGCUUCGGCGUGGACAAGGAAGAGGCCUAUCUCAAGGCGCUGCUGUCGACAGGAUUCAAGAUCCCAAAGGCAAACGUGCUCCUUUCCAUUGGCUCAUACAAGGACAAGAAGGAGAUGCUGCCGGCAGUGCAGAAGCUCCAGCGAAUCGGCUACAAGCUGUUUGCGACGGCCGGCACCGCAGACUUUUUGCAGGAGCACGGGGUGCAGGUGCAGUUCCUCGAGGUGCUCGGGCGCGACGAGGACAUGAACUCGGAGUUUUCGCUCACGCAGCACCUUGCCAAGAACACCAUCGACCUGUACAUCAACCUGCCCUCCAACAACAAGUACCGGCGGCCGGCCAACUACAUGAGCAAGGGCUACCAGACGCGCCGCAUGGCCGUCGACUACCAGAUCCCGCUCGUGACCAAUGUCAAGAACGCCAAGAUUCUGAUCGAGGCCAUCGCGCGGCACGUCUACCUCGACGUUUCCAAGCGAGACUACCAGAUCACGCAGGAGCCCGCGGCGCCGAAGCCGAUGCAGAUGGCCAAGACACCAGAGAUGGGGGCCACGGUCAUGCCGGCCGCCGACAGCCCGAGGCGACCCGUGACGCGGGACGGGCCAGCUGCCGCAGGAGCGGUCGUCGGCCACGGCAUCGCCGACGAGCUGUCGCUGCUGCAGCCGUCGUCCAUCAGCGCGUCCGUCUUGCAACUCCUCUCGCAGCCGUCGUGCUUCAAAAAGGCGCACGUGUUAUCGGUCAAGCAGUACACGAGAGCGGAUCUGCACCUGCUCUUCACCGUGGCGCAGGAGAUGCGCCUCGGGGUGCAGCGCGAGGGCGUGCUGAACCUGCUGCGCGGCAAGGUGUUGUGCACGCUCUUUUACGAGCCGUCGACGAGGACGUCGGCGUCGUUUGACGCGGCGAUGCAGCGCCUCGGCGGGCGGACGGUUGCCGUGUCCACGUCGCACUCGUCUGUGCAAAAGGGCGAGACGCUGCAGGAUACCCUGCGCACACUCGCGUGCUACGGCGACGCCAUUGUGCUGCGUCACCCCGACGAGUGUUCGGUCGACGUGGCGGAGAAAUACAGCGACGUGCCCGUCAUCAACGGCGGCAACGGCAGCAAGGAGCACCCGACGCAGGCCUUCCUGGACCUGUUUACCAUCCGCGAGGAGCUCGGAACGGUGCAGGGCCUGACGAUUACCUUCCUGGGAGACCUGCUGCACGGACGGACGGUGCACUCGCUGGUGCACCUCCUGCGGCACUACCAGGUGCAAGUGCAGCUGGUGGCGCCCGGGGGGCUGGCGCUGCCGGACGGGGUCAGGGAGACGCUGGAGGCCUCGGGCAAGCUGCUGUGCGAGUCGGAGACGCUGACGCCCGAGAUUAUCGCGCGCAGCGACGUGCUCUACUGCACGCGGGUGCAACAGGAGCGGUUCAGCAGCGCGGAGCAAUACGACAAGGUCAAGGACUCGUACCGGGUGGACAAUGCGGCCCUCAAGCACGCCAAGAGCUCCAUGGUGGUGAUGCACCCGCUGCCGCGGAACGAGGAGGUGGCGGACGAGGUGGACUUUGACCAGCGCGCGGCAUACUUUAGACAGAUGCGAUACGGACUCUAUUGCAGGAUGGCGCUGCUUGCACUCGUCAUGGCUCCGCUGUAG